AUGCUUGAAGAAAUCAACGGUGACAGCAGCAGUAGUAGUAACAACAAGGAAACUCCAUACGACGAGUACUAUGAUCGAAAUAGGUUCAAUGAUCCUUCGCCAGAGUAUCAUUCAAAUUGGCUAUCAAGGUUCUCCUUUUGGUGGGUCCGACCAACAAUAUUUAGAGGCAACAGGAGACAGUUACAAUUGACAGAUAUACCAGACUUGACUGAUGACUUAAAGGUCAAACAUGUCAUUGAUCUAAUGGAUGACAUUGACUUCUCCUCACGAAUACCACUAAUCAAACACAUUUACAAACGCUUUACAUUCAUACAUUAUCUUGGCAUCGUCGCCAAGCUACUGCACAUCGUUGCAUCAAUCAUUACACCACUACUACUACGAUCAUUCAUCGAGUUCGUCAAUGAUCACUCUCAAAGACCAGCAUAUAUUGGCUGGCUGCUAUGCUUUGGCAUCUUUAUAUCGACAUGCGUUCAAUCAAUGGGACUGCAACAAAGUUAUUGGUAUGGACUUAAGGUGUCAUUGUCCGUUCGUUCGGCAUUGUCAUCGGCCAUCUAUCGAAAGAUGCUCCGCCUCAACAACUCAUCGCGACGCAACUUCAAUGGAAAGCUGAUGAACUUGAUCUCUGUGGACGUCGGUGUGUUUGGCGAGUUCUUUUGGAACUCGUACAUGGACAUCUUCCUGUUCCCCAUCCAGAUCACGCUGCUGCUCUUGCUGCUCACCUACGUCAUUGGCCCGUCGGGCCUGGUCGGCUUCGUCACGAUGGGCUUCAGCGUUCCCCUGUCCACCUAUCUCAACACGCGCAUCAAUGGAUUCUUUGCGCGCGCCAUGUCCUUCUCGGACGAGCGCAUCAAGCUCAUUGGCGAGUUCAUCAGCGGCAUCCGCUUCCUCAAGCUCUACAACUGGGAGGAGUUCUUCAUCCAGCGAAUCACAACGCAGCGCGACUAUCAGAUGGAGGCCAACAAGAAGCAUCUGUCCACGUUCUCCAUGGAUCAGACACUGAUGCAGGUCACCAACGGAGUGGUGUUGCUCGUUACCUUUGCCACGUACAUUGCCACUGGCCACACACUGCAAGCCAAGACAGCGUUCACUGCGCUGACCAUCUUCUUCAUUCUCCGAAACCCGAUCCAAAUGUGGCCCGAGGCCCUACAGCGAUCACUCAAGAUGAAGACAUGUGGCAAGCGUAUCGAGGCCUUCCUCCAGACGCCCGAGAACACGAACGACGACCUCUUGGAGAACAAUAACUCGGUGGAGAACUCGACAUCAGAGUUCAGGAUUGUCAAUGGCACAUUCACAUGGCACGACGGUCAGUUUGAGGAUGAGGAGGAGGAUGUCAAGGAUGACAAGGAGGAUGCAAAGAAGGCCUCCGCGAUCAUCGACGUACAACUGCCACUGGACGACACCUCAUCAUCAACCACCACAAUGUUCCCCCUUCUUGAUAAUGCCAUCGAGGCAGAGAAGGACGAGCCUGCGCCUGUGCUGAGCAACAUCAGUAUGGUCGCGCCAAAGGGCAAGCUGACUGUCAUUGUCGGCAAGGUCGGCGAGGGCAAGACCAGCUUGGUGUCCGCGCUGAUUGGUGAGAUCAGAAAGACAUCGGGCACUUUGACCGCACCACAUUACAUUGGAUUCACUCCGCAGAUUCCUUGGAUCUUGGGUGGAUCGAUACGCGACAACAUUCUAUUUGGCAAGCCCUACAUCAAGGAGAUGUAUCUCAACGUGAUCGAGGCAUGCAGCUUGAAGCCCGACCUCAUUGGUUUCCCCCUGAAGGAUCUUACAGAGAUUGGCGAGCGUGGUGUCAGUUUGUCUGGUGGCCAGAAGCAGCGUAUCUCAUUGGCACGCUGUCUCUACUCCAAUGCCGAGGCCUACGUUAUGGAUGAGCCGUUGUCCGCUGUCGACGCCGAAGUCGGCAAGCAUCUGUUUGAGCACUGCAUCCGAGGAGUCAUGGCCAACAAGACCCGAGUCUUGGUCACACAUCAACUCCAGUUCAUCCCUUCAGCCGACCAUAUUAUCGUCAUGGAUGGUGGCCGCAUCAUUCAAGGCACAUACGACGAGCUCACCACGCAAGGCAUCGACUUUGAGAGCAUCAUGAAGACCAAACAGAUCGACAUGGAGGAACAGGACCAGCCUGAUCAGGCCAGCACAGCAGCCGCCGCAGAGCUCAAGAAGUCGAUCGAUGCUGCCAAGCACAUCAAGAUUGAGAACUGCAUCAUCGAGGACUUGCGUGCGCUCGACCCAAUGGAGCAACUCAAGGGCAAGCUGUUCACAGUGGAGGAGCGCAAGGUCGGUGCCGUGGGUAAGUCGACCUUCAUCCCCUACUUCAAGUCUGGCGGCCCCACCAUCCUCUAUCUGAUGGUGAUCGCAUCAUACGUCGUGGCCCAGAUGACCAUCCAAGGCUCAGACUACUGGCUGCUUGUUUGGACCAACGCCACAAUCAAGCCAGACCCUGGCAACAUGUUCUACCUCCGCAUCUACACUCUGUUCAUCGUUGCAUUUGGCUUCUUCGUCGUCCUCAAGCUCCGAUCAAUCAUCUUCCUCACACUCCGCGCAGCAAAGAAGAUGCACGAGCGAUUGGUCAACGGCGUAUUCUACUCGCCCUGCUCAUUCUUUGACAGCAAUCCCUCGGGACGUAUCCUCAACCGUUUCUCGAAGGACAUGUCCGACGUCGACUUGCUCGUUGUCGAAUCAAUCAACGAUGUGCUCACCUGUGGCACAUCGGUCAUCAUCUCUGUGCUCCAGAUGAUCUACCUCACGCCCUACAUUGCGAUCCCAUUCAGCUUGCUCUCAGUGUACUACUUCUACAUCCAGAAGUUCUAUCGCUCGACCAGCCGCGACCUCAAGCGUAUGGAUGCCAUCACGAGAAGUCCCAUCUACAGCCACUUGGGCGAGUCAUUCAAUGGAAUGCUGUCGAUCCGCUCGUUCAAACAACAACAACGCUUCAUUCAAGCGUUUGAACAACACACCGACUUGAACCAACGUCUGUUCUACCACAACUUCUCCGUCAACAGAUGGCUAGGCAUGAACCUCGAGAUGCUCACCGGUCUGAUGGUUCUGUGCGCCGCAGUCUUUAGCAUGAUCUCCUCCAACAUCUCCCCAAGUAUUGCGGGCAUGGCCGUAUCAUCGGCCAUCAGUAUCACAGGCAUCCUCAACUGGGCCAUCAGACAGUUCACCGAGCUCGAGGUCAGAAUGACAUCGGUGGAGCGAGUCCUAGAGUACGCAAACAACCCGUCCGAGGGUCAGCGAGUGUGCGAGGACAACCGACCACCUGACAGCUGGCCCACAGAGGGCCGCAUCGAGUUCCGCAACCUUGAGGUUCGCUAUCGACCUGGCUUGGACCCAAGCCUUCGCGACCUCAACUGCAAGAUCGAGUCCAAGCACAAGGUAGGACUGGUUGGCAGAACUGGCGCAGGCAAGAGCACCGUUGGACUGGCUUUGUUCCGACUCGUCGAGCCAAGCCAAGGCACCAUCGUCAUUGAUGGCGUAGACAUCACCAAGAUUGGACUAAGCGACCUUCGCAGCAGACUGGCCGUCAUCCCUCAAGACCCAUUCAUCUUCUCAGGCUCUGUAAGAAUGAACCUCGACCCGUUCAACAAGCAUCAAGACCUUGAGCUGUGGGAGGCACUGGAGAAGGUGAACAUGAAGCAAGUGAUCAAGGCAAUGCCAUUGGAGCUCGAGACCAUGCUGGACGAGGGUGGCGAUGGAUUCUCAGUGGGCCAGAAGCAACUGCUUUGUCUGGUGCGCGCCAUCCUCAGUACAUCCCCCAUCGUUCUGAUGGACGAAGCCACAGCAUCAUUGGACUAUCAUACCGAUGCACUCAUCAAGACAGUCAUUGCCAAUAACUUUGCCAACAGGACUGUUGUGACGAUCGCACAUCGUCUGGACACCAUCAUUGACAGCGAUCGCAUCAUGGUCAUUGACAAAGGCAGCCUCGUCGAGUACGACGACCCCUCAGCACUCAUCCGAACAAACAGUCGAUUCAGACAACUGGUCGAUGCUCAGACCACCGUGCUCAGGGCAACAGCAGCACGAACAUAA